AAAGANGAGAGAGAGAGAGAGAGAGAGAAAGAAAGAAAGAAAGAGAGAGAGAGAAAGAACAAAUAAAGAAUUUGAGUUUAUCAAUUGUAUCGUAGAAUUUUUUGUUGUUUUUUUUUCUCUAUAAAUAAAGGUCCAUCUUUAUUUUCGUACCGAUGAGAAUGCAAAGCACGAGGGGAUGGUGGAGCGUCCUCGGCAGUUUUGCUCUGAUUUUUCUCGCCAAUAUACGAUUAGCUUUCAGCGAAAAGGAUUCGGCGGGAAAAGCUCAUACGGAGGAAGUACGGCAACAUCUUUGCUGUGCGAGGCAUGAGAAAUUGAUUGACGUCGGUUAUGGAAUAUCUGGAGAAGUUAUACAAAUUGAUAUCGGACAUUGUCGAAAGCUCUGCCCUCGACAUGUUUCUGACGACCCCGGUGAUGCUAGCAAACCGGCUGUUCAGAGAUGUUCACAAGAUGGUCACUGUCGACCAAGGGCUGCUAGACUGGAAAGAGUAUCCACAUUGCAGGGAGUUCGUAUUAUCGAGGCUGUUGAUGCUUGUGAGUGUUCUUCAGAUUCCUUUUGUAAAAGAGAAUCCUAUACGCAUCUUUUACAUUCUGGUACACCGUAUCAAGUCGUUAUCGAUGUUGGGGUUUGCAUAGGACACUGUGUCAAAGAUCUUGGUUGCAAACCUACAAGAAAUAACACAGUCAGCGUUAAAGGACCAAAUGGAGACGAAGUGUAUCCAGUUAUUGAGAAAUGCAGUUGCGUCGGUAAUUGUCAUCGAAUGGAUCACAUGGAAAAAGUGUUGGAUUUCAGUGAAGUUGAGAUUAAAGAGGGUACUAAUACGACCGAUGUCAAACCUAUAAUCAGAGAAAUCAAUGUUGGUCAAUGUGUUGGAGGUUGUCCUGGAAAUGAAACAGAAACUUGCAUUUUACGUGACAAACGAGACCCAUCCAGAUGUUUAGCUGGUCUUUAUUCCAAACAACAUACUUGCACACCAGCAAGAUUCAAAGUUCACGAGUACAGAACUCGACGAGGAUCGAAACGCGAAGUGAUACAGAUAACGGAAUGCAUUUGCGUAUAAAAAGAAUCAUCGUCGAAAGAGAUAUUAAUUUUUUGAUCAACAAGAAAAAAUAAGAAUCGAAGACGAAGAUGUUCUUAGGAUAGAUAAUAUCCUUUCACGUUUAGCGAAUAAACGAGAUGUUAGGAUCCAUCUACUUUUAUUUUUUAUUUUUUAUUUCAAUUUAUUUUAGAUCUGUUAUUUAGUUACGUGGCUAAGAAAUUUUCUAAUGUCUUCUUUUCUAAAGAGAAUUAAUUAAUUAAAUUCACUAAUUUAAUUAGCAGGAUGAUCAUUGUCGUAGCAUGUAAUAGUUGUAAUGAUUUAUAGGCAAAUAAUAAUGAAUU